CAAUUCCUAUCAACGAAACCGAAAGUAGGAAUGUCGGCUAUUUGUCGCUUUUUCCAGUAAAUCCACGCACCUGGGGCGUUCUCAAGAUAAAUUAACGCCAAAAUAAUAUAUGCAUGGAAUGACCAAGAAUUAAGUUGCCAAUUUUUUCAAAAAUGUACAUUCAAUUGACUUUGACUGACCCGGUCACAAAACAAAAAGAGGAGGGCUGUAUCCUUAUCUCACGCACUCAUAAUACUGAGAAAGGGAUUACGGAACAAGAAGUCAAGAUCACAGACCCAGGAUGCCUCUGUAUCAUGAGAAUCAUGGUUAAAAGUCCAUUUGAAAUCGACAAGCAGCGCUACCCAAAGAUUGGAAAAUUUUUUCGAGAUAGUGACAGAAAGAUGAAAAUAAUUAAUCGAUUACAAAAAGUUCUAAAACGAUUGUUUUUUAAAAUGUGUUUACAAGCCAUGAUGAUUGUUAAAAUGAAUGAAUACACAAUGGUCAAACUUUACGAGGAAAUCUGCUUCAGCGACAUACGAGUGUUUGCCCUUCUGAUUCUGAGGAUGUCUACCUGGCGCGAAAUAAUCGUUGAUAUCAAUGGCACCAAAACAACCAAUUUACGCGAGAUCCUUCAGGUCUACGCAUGUCCCGAGGAGAAUUCAGCCAAUAUCUGUGACGAGACAUUCCUGAUGCAAAUGUCCCUCUGCAAUUACAUCCAGGACCGGUGUGGAGAUAAGUCAGAGAUCGGACACAAGGCUGACAAGUUGCUAGAACUCGUUAAAGACACCCUCACCAACAAUGGCCACCAGCGCAAGAGGAUGGAGCUCAUCUAUGGACGACAGGGAGAAAGCACUAUAGUAUUCUGUUCAUAAUGAUGCAGGGCUUUCAACAAAGGGCAGCAAGGGGUGAUUUAUCAAUGUUUCAGAGAUUGAAAUUCAUUCUUAAAAUUUCAUAAUUGGUAAAGAAAACCAUCAUAAACAAUUAUAAAACAGCUUCUUCAAUAGAUAAAUUCACCUCCAAAUUUUUGAAAGCCCUGAUGCUGCAAAAUGACCAAAAAAUAAAAAGAAAGAAAGAAAAGAAAGAGAACCUUCUGAAGUAAAAAUUUAAUAUAAGUCAUUUCCUGACAAUCAAAUUUUUGGAAUUUAGCUUGUUGAUUAGCUAAGUUGUCUAUUUUGAAUUCUUACCAAAACAUAAUCCUAUGUAUAGAAUACUUCCAUUUAUAUUAUCCCAGUGAUCUAUAUCUUUUCCAUGAAAUUGUCAUUACAUUCAUUCGUAUUCAAAUACAAGGUGUACUGGCACAACAAUCUUCCAGCCAAUGGACAGCAAACUGCUACACUAUUUCUAUAUAUUUGUUAUACUCUUUAUUCUUGUUGCACUUUGUAUUUAGUUGAAGGCUGGUACUCUUUUAUUUUUAUGUAAGCAUGUA